UAGCUAUAGAUAGCGAUCACGUGACAAAGCAUGUGAAUUCUAAAAAAAGAACUUCUCGGUCCAUUUAAUCCGGAAAUGCAGUAAUCAAUAUGGCGGACUGUCAACAUUUGCCGCUAAAAGUCAAAGGGAAAUUUUGUAGUAGAGGUAAAUAUAAAAAAGCAUCGCGUAUGAAACAAUUUAAUAGCGUUCAUAAGAACGACAACGAUAAUAUCCCCACUAACAUUGAACAUUCAUAUGCAAACGACUCGGCGCCAUAUUCCCAGGCAGACGACACAUCUGUCAAUCUUGACGAUUUCGAUGUACUGGAAAACGUAUGUGUUCAAAGUGUGGACGGUAUUCAGUGGAAUGAAGGCCGAAGGGUUGUGGAACUUAAGCACCUUGCCGAUCAGCUUGUAUGUGUACACUGUAACAAUCGGCUGCAUUUGUCGAAUAUUGAUAGUGAAAAGCGUUACGGGCUCGGUAGCUUGCUAUACAUCAAAUGUGAUAGCACUACUUGUGGAUUUACUAACACAGUUUCCACGGGAAAAAGAAACAGUAAAGGUGCCUUUGAUAUCAAUUCAAAAGUUACACUUGCUAUGAUACAUUCUGGUAUGGGACCAACUCAUGUCAUCAAUUUUCUCAGUACCUGUAACAUUCCACCAAUUGAUACCACCACAUUAAAGAAAAAAGAAAAAGAGAUCUCAGCAUCAAUUGUAAAACAGGCCAAAGAGUCUUGUCGUAGAGCUAGAGAGGAAGAAAUGGAUGCUAUAUCAGACCAAUUGGAGUGCAGUUUUGAUGCUGGAUGGCAGACCAGAGGAUCUGGCUGUCAGUACAAUAGUAGCACUGGCCAUGCCAGUAUUAUAGGUGCUCAAAGUGGAAAGGUCCUUGAGUUUGAUGUGAGGUCAAAGACAUGUAGAGUUUGUCAGUAUCAUUUUGAUAGAAAUGAAACAGUACCAAAUCACAACUGCACCAGUAAUUGGUCAGGUUCUAGUAAGGCCAUGGAGCCAGAUAUGGCUUCAGCAAUGCUAUAUCGGAUGAAGGAAGAUGGAUGUGAGGUUCAGACCAUACAUGCUGAUAAUGAUUCCACCACUGCCGCUCGACUAAGAAAUGACUUUCCAUCCCUUCAAAAAAAACAGGACAAGAAUCAUCUGAAAAAGAACUUGACAAAACAGCUGUAUAAACUAGCCAAAGAUCACAAGCAACUGAAACCAACUGGUACAAUUUCAUAUGUGACCAGAUGCUUUAUGUACGCAAUCUCCUCAAAACAUAAUUCUGAAGAAGAGCUGACAUCAAAAUUGGAGAGGGUUGUCCCUCACAUGUUUGGAGACCACAGUCUUUGUGCAGAGGCUGCAUGGUGUACAUAUCAGAAAAAUCCAAAGACAUUCAGAUUCAAGCACCUUCCAAAAGGCCAACCAUUGUCAGGUGAUCAGCUAAGAGCAGCACUGGAUAACAUAACGGAGAAUUUCAAAGGCAUGGCCUCUCAGCUGCAAAAGCUUGGAUCCACACAAAGCAAUGAAAACUUUAACAACAUUGUGGCAAGCAAGGCCCCAAAGAAUAGGUCAUAUGGCAGCACAGCAUCCCUAGUCACUAGAGUCUCAGCAGCAGUCUUACAGAAGAAUGUUGGAUACACAUACAUUGAAGAGGUAAACAAAGACAUCCUCUUAUCUCCAGGAGAGGUUUCUAAGAAGCAUGGAAUUAGCAUGGAUAAGAAGAAGUUGUGGCAUAAAAAAAAGCAUGCAUCAGUUUCCUUCAAAAGGAGACGCCUGUUAUUGAAGAAAAGACAACACUGGAGGGAGUCAGCAAAUUAUGUCAAAGAAGGGAAAACUUACGAACAAGGCAUUUCAUCAGCAGAUGUAAACCCAUGUGAUAUAGAAGCUUUACCAGGAAAGCGCAACUUCACUGGUGACGAAAAUAUGGUCGUCUUUGACUUGGAAACAACAGGACUGUCCCGCAACAGUGACAUAAUCCAAUUAGCAGCUUUUGAUGGGAAAGAAGAGUUAAAUAUUUACAUAUCCCCAUCCCAGGAAAUAACGAAGAAAGCAAGUGAAAUUACAGGACUGAAAUAUGAUUUUGAAUCUGGAUGCAUGUUUUCUGGGGGACAGAAAGUAGAAUGCAUUGAUAUUAGACUUGCUCUCCUUAAACUUAUAGAUUAUGUUAGCAAGCGAGAAAAGCCAAUUCUUGUAGGCCACAAUGUAUUGUCCUUUGACAUUCCAAUUCUAAGCAAGAAACUUCAAGAGCAUGGUCUUCUUCAAGAAUUUUUGCGGCAUGUCAGUGGUUGUUUGGACACACUCAGGCUAGCACGUAAGUUAUUCAGUAAGGAAACUGUGGGCAACUACAAACAGCAGACACUGGUACAAGUUCUCCUAGGAAAAUCCUAUCAAGCACAUGAUGCUCUUGCAGAUGUUAAAAAUCUUUACGAACUUUUUGUAUCCAAGUUCACAUUCAAAGAAACAGAUGCUUUUCCUUUCAAUUUCCAUGUCCUUCAGAAGUCAUUCGUACCACUUGUUGAAAGGAAGCUUAUUUCGAGUGCAAAUUCAAGAAAACUGGCAAAUUCUGGUCUAGGACUUGGACACCUUAGUCUAGCGUACCAACGAGACAACCAAGAGGGGGUUAAGUUUAUUUUGUCAGAACAUGGUUUCAAUGCAAAAACAUCGAAAGGCAUCAAUUUGUACUUUGAGAAACAGGAAGAAUAAGCAUUGUUAAAAAGGACAGUGUCAUAAAAGUGCAUUUCUUGUCUAUCUUUAAAGUAUGUAUAUAAUUGUAAUAUUUUGUAAACAUCAAUAUUGUAUUGAUGAAGUAUGCAACAUAGCUAUACUAUUACAAGUAAUACUGCAGUUCUUUAUUUACCGGUACAUUGAAUUUCUAAAUUAAUAUUAAAUGAAUUGUUUUUUUUUUUUAUGUGCACAUUGUUUAACAUGUUUAAAGUCAGGGACAUACAUGCAAUCAUACUUUUUACAUUGUAACUUUACCUUGCUUUAUUUGCUCAUCGUGUUGGGUGUUUUCAUGUCAGAAAUACUCAAUGUCUCAGGUUGUGACAUAAUUGUACCUUUUGUAGUUAUGUCGUAUAGGACAAAUAUUGUCAUAUGUCUAAGGUAAGGAACAUGAUUAUAUGUAAUAAUCAUUAUGUGUAUUUGAAACUGUAUUUGAUUUUUAAAUCAUCUGUUUACCUUAUCAAAGUGUAUUCAUGUCAAAUUUGUUUGAUCGACAUACAUGUACAUGUUCAUUCUUCUUGGCAAACGUGUGAAUAUUGUUUCAUUUUAUUAAUGUGGCCAUGAAAUACAGUGUGAGGAAAUGUAUUGGUCAAAAUAUACUUAUUAUAAUAUGAAAUAAAAACUAUAUUGAGCAGAUGAUUUUUAACAAACAAAUAAGUGUCAAUUUGUGUGUGUCAAGUUUGUUAAUUUAUUUUGAAUUUUAAAAAGGUG